GAGAGAAAAAAAACCGAUCAGAGAGAAACAUGGGAAGUGGAGGAGGAGCUGAAAACUACUCACCCAAAAAAAAACCGCCACUUCAACAUUCCCCAGCCAAGUACAAGCUCAAAAUGCUACUCCUUGUCAUACUAACCAACCUCGUCACAAUCUACAUUUUCACUGGCCCCUUUUUAAACACACAACCAAUAUCCAAAUACACCCAACACCUCUCCCUCCCUCUUUGGGACACCACCGCCACCACCCUCUUGCACCACCAGCUCAACUCCACCACCCACCAACUCGCCGCCAGUCACUCCCAAAUCUCCGACUUACAACAACAACUCAAGUCCACCAACCUCCUCAUAGAUGCUCUCCUCAAUGAGCUUACACACCUCCACAACCCCACACCAACUUCCCCAACAAACUUCAACUAUGACAAUGCUGUGAUGAGUACUUUGCCUAAGGAAGUGAGGCUUGCCAUUGGCCCUCACAAACUCCCACUAGGGUACUCGCCGAGAAUGGGAUCCGGCGAGGUCUACCCGCCAUUCGGAGGAGGCUGCUUGAUGCUUCAAAGUGAGCUGCAGCAGUACAUGAGUUAUGACAUUGGAGGGGAGUGUCCUGUGGACGAUGUCUUCGCGCAAAGACUCAUGCUCAAGGGGUGUGAGCCUCUCCCUCGCCGGAGAUGCCACCCCAAGUCACCGGCCGGUUAUGUCGAGCCAAAUCCAUUGCCGGAGAGUCUAUGGACCACCCCACCUGACUCAAGCAUUAUCUGGGAUCCCUACACUUGUAAGGACUACAAGUGCCUAAUAGACCGAAAAAAUGUGGCAGGAUACUUCGAUUGCAAGGACUGUUUCGACUUGCAGAGUAGGGAAAAAAGCCGGUGGCUAUUCGAUAAUGGAGGAUUAGAUUACGCGAUUGAUCGGAUUCUUGGCGAGAAACCUCCGGGAACAAUCCGAAUUGGGCUUGACAUAGGAGGUGGGACCGGCACGUUCGCGGCCAGGAUGAAGGAAAGGAAUGUGACCAUCAUCACAAGCUCCAUGAACUUGGAUGGUCCUUUCAACAGCUUCAUUGCUUCGAGGGGGUUGAUUUCGAUGCAUGUCAGUGUGUCGCAGAGGCUUCCUUUCUUCGAAAACACGCUGGACAUAGUGCAUUCGAUGCAUGUGUUGAGCAAUUGGAUUCCGGACACCAUGCUUGAGUUCACAUUGUAUGAUAUAUACAGGGUGUUGAGGCCAGGGGGUUUGUUUUGGCUAGACCAUUUCUUUUGCUUGGGGUCACAGCUGAAUGAGACUUAUGUUCCGAUGUUGGAUCGGGUCGGAUUCAAGAAGAUCAGGUGGAAUGCUGGGAUGAAGAUGGAUCGUGGAGUCGAGAAGAAUGAGUGGUACUUUUCAGCAUUGUUGGAGAAACCAAUGACUUAG